AUGAGCGCAUCUCCCUCUGGUCUCAACCUCUUCUCCCUCGGCGGCAAGGUCGCUCUCGUCACCGGCGGCACAAGGGGCAUUGGUGCUGCCUGUGCCCUCGCCCUCGCCCAAGCCGGAGCCACAGUCUGCCUCGCAGUGCGUCCCUCCUCGACUCCACUCUCGGAGCACCCCGCCCUAGCUCCACUCAAGAAGGCCGUUCCCGAGCUGCAGCACGUCGCAGUAGAGUGCGAUCUGUCCGACUUGGCCAGCGUCAGGACGACAUUCGAGAGGGCACUCGCUGCUACUGGGGGAAAGAUUGACAUCUUGGUCAAUUGUGGUGGGAUCCAGAGGAGGAGUCCUGCUACUGAUUUCCCAGAGUCUGACUGGGACGAGGUCCUCGAUGUCAACCUGAAGGCGGUGUGGCUGCUCAGUCAAGCAGCAGGAAAGCACAUGGUCCCGCGCGGAGCGGGCAAGAUCGUCAACUUUGGUUCUCUCCUGACCUUCCAGGGAGGCAUUACGGUGCCUGCCUACGCUGCUUCCAAGGGCGCUGUGGGUCAAUUGAUCAAGGCACUUUCCAACGAGUGGGCCAGGCACAACAUUCAGGUCAAUGGCAUUGCUCCUGGAUACAUUGCCACAGACAUGAACGAGAAGCUGCUAGCCGACGAGACGCGUCUGCGGCAGAUCUCGGAGCGGAUCCCAGCAGGCCGAUGGGGUACACCUCAGGACUUUGCAGGACCUCUACUCUUCCUGUGUAGUGAUGCUAGCGCCUACGUCUCGGGAGAGAUGCUCGUUGUAGAUGGAGGCUGGAUGGGGCGCUGA